UCAUGUCUGCACUUCAAAUUAUUUCCCUCUUCAUUGAGAGGUUAUGCAAGCAGUACACAUAACCUCAAAAAGUUUGUUUACUCCAAGUCACAGUUUAAAUGCCACCGAAAAAGGGCACAGCUUCCAAAGGAGCCAAAGCGGCAAAGUCUGACGAUGCCGACAAAGGUGCUGCCGGCAAAGAGAAAAAGGGGGGCACAGCUGUUAAAGUUCGACACAUACUCUGCGAAAAACAAAGCAAAUGCUUGGAGGCCUUAGAGAAACUAAAAGGUGGUCAGAGAUUCCCCGAAGUCGCGACGGCUUACAGCGAAGACAAGGCGAGGCAAGGUGGCGAUCUAGGUUGGAUGACGAGAGGCUCGAUGGUCGGUCCAUUUCAAGAUGCAGCAUUUGCCUUACCGAUUUCGACUGUGAAUAGUCCUAUUUAUACAGAUCCUCCAAUUAAAACGAAAUUUGGUUAUCAUAUUAUAAUGGUCGAGGGCAAGAAGUGAUGUUUCACUGGUUCGGUUAUAUAAUUGUAAUUGUUUCUUAUUUGUUGUAAAUAAAACAGAUGUAAGGUUGAA